AUGACCGAGGACGGAGUUGAGGCAGACAUGGAUCGACUUAGGACUAAGCGAACUGUUCUUCGAGGUCGAAAUACACGGGUCAUCAAUGAAGCGAAGGCCCUGUUGGACGCCGAAGGUGCAUCAACUCAGGAACUUACCGAGUGCCUCGAACGUCUCACGCUUUACAACACGGAAUUGAGACAGGUAAAUUGCUCUUUGGAGCCAGUCUUUGCUGUCGAAGACCUUGAGCGAGAGCUCACCACCAGCAACGAGUACGAUGAGCUGGCCCUGAAGACACUGUCCAUGUUAAAGUUUCGUAUUCCGCGAGUAACAGAAGUUGCAACUGCUUCUAGGACCUCUUCACCCGUGACCAGUAGAGGUCAGGAAGCCUCACGAGAAAAUCGUAGAAGUGGGGCGAAGCUUCCAAAGUUGGAAAUACCCAAGUACAACGGAGACUUAUGCAGUUGGCAACCGUUUUGGGAACAGUUCAGAGAUGCAAUACACACCAACCGUUCUCUCACUCAGUCAGAAAAAAUUCAUUACCUUCGAGCCCUAUUGACUGGACCCGCUGCAGCAGCAAUUGCAGGGCUACAAGUCACUGAAGCCUGCUACGAGGAUGCUUUGAGCCUGUUGAAGAACCGUUUUGGCGAUAAAGGGAGAAUCGAAAAGGAGUAUUUGUCGCGGCUGCGACAUCUCCCUACCGUAAUUUAUUCAAAUGAUGUAUCAUCGAUGAGGAAGCUGUACGACUAUUUGCAGGCAAACAUUCGUGGCCUCACCUCGUUAGGUACUCCUGUCUCCUCCUACGCCACCAUGAUGAGCGAUAUCGUUUUAAGGUCGUUCCCUUCGGACGUUGCAGUGGAUUUCCACCGUAGGAGAGCAACUCGAACAGAUCCGAACAAGCAAGAGACAGCAGAAGAGGAGCUCAACACUAUAAUCGAAUUCUUGAAAGUCGAGGUUGAGAGUCGAGAGAGGAGCAAUCCUAGUGGCAAGACUGAAGGUCGUUCUCGUCCGCCAGUUCUUCAAGGACGUAACAGCAAGAUACCGUCAGCGAACGUCCUUCAGACCUCCGCUCACCAGAACGCAUGUUUCUUCUGUGGAUCUGUCUCACCCAUCUACACACUGUGA